AUGAGCCACUGGGAUCGAUCGCGGCAUCGUCGAGAGCGCAGAUACCAUGCUGGUUAUCCUCCACUCGGGUUCUAUGACGGCUACGAUGGAUACGGCAAAGAUAUCGAAGACCCGUGCCGGUACGAUCGCAUAUCCGUGGCAAGACCCAGACGCCGAGGACCCACAUGUUAUGACUGGUGCCCAUUAUGUGUCGGUGACUACCGAGAGCCUUAUGAGCUUCUGCGCCGCUACGACCCGCUCAUGGAACUGAUGGAAGAGAUACAUGACUGCUGGAUCGCGAUGGAGACGGGUCAGUUCAUCGCUCAAGAUGCAGCAGACAGGAUCGAGGAGGCAUCCAAGAUGGUCAACCGCAUGUUUGGCUAUGACCCUACCUACAAGCAAUUUUCAGCACUGAUGAAGCAACUCGCACGCGAUGUACAACUUAUGCCAGGUAAUGCUAUCGUUCCGUAUCAUUUGCGGCCAAGGCGUCGCCGGUCAUUCUUUGCAUAG